GUAAUAUUUUUAUUGAUUUUUCCAAAUACUUAUAGGUAAUUUUUUGACUAAUUUUUCCUAAACUUGUACCAAAUCUACAAUAUCUAAAUAUUUGUUCUUCAUUUUAAAAUGAGCUAGUAAAAAGAAUACACUCUAUACACAUAUCUUCGUCAUAUCAGUCGUAACUAUAGCAACUGUAUGCUGUUAUAUCAUUAUUAGAGUUAGUAGCACCUUCAUAAGUCAUGGAACAACUGCAGAAGCCCCAAAUAAUCUGCCACAAGGAAAAAUCCGUGAAUUACGCCAUUCACGACGUCAAGUGGAUUCCCUGUUCUGCAAAGUUCGUUUCUGUCGGAGGAAAAUCGAAUGGGGCCGGCAUCGUGGAGAUAUACGCGUUGACGGGCGAGGGAGUCGAGAAGCAGAGUGAAUUUUGUAAGAAGGAUCAUUUCAAGUGCUGCACCUUCGAAGCAUCCAGCUUGAGAAGUAGGCAUUUGGCAACGGGAGACUUUUCUGGGAGGCUGCAAAUAUGGGACUUGGAAGAUCCUAUGUUGCCAGUCUACAAAUCUACAAAGCAUACCGCUGUCAUCAAUUCCAUCGAUGGUGUAGGAGGAACAACAUCUAACUGUGGAGCACCAGAAAUUGCUACCGGAUCGCGAGACGGCUCUGUAAUGGUGUGGGAUGUCCGACAAAAAGAAUCGCCAGUUGCUAAAUUCAUACCCGCAGAAGAAGCAGCUGCAAGGGAUUGUUGGGCUGUGGCUUUCGGUGAUUCUUAUAGUAACGAAGAAAGGCUACUCGCAGCUGGUUAUGACAACGGAGAUAUCAAGCUCUACGAUCUUAGAAGUAUGUCCGUGAGAUGGUCCAAGUGCGUCAAAAAUGGGGUCGUCAGUUUACAAUUUGAUCGAAAAACGAUACCGAUGAACAAACUUGUAGCUACGACGCUGGAAUCGAAGAUCUACUGCUUCGACGUGAGAACCCAACAUCCGAAAAAAGGAUUCGCCUGCUUAACUGAAAAAGCGCACGAAUCUACGGUGUGGACUGUCAGGCAUUUGCCACAAAACAGGGAAAUUUUCAUGACUACGGGAGGCGCUGGGAGUUUAUGUCUGUGGAAAUAUAACUAUCCAAUCAAGAGAGUGGAGAAAGAUUCCGAAGGAGUACCAUAUGGAAUAGUGGGGGAUUUGUCACUAUUGCAAAACUGCACCCUGUCAGAUCAGCCAAUUACGUCAUUCGAUUGGUGUGUUGACAAGAUCGGCCUUUCUGUUUGCUCUGCUUUCGAUCAAACAUUGAGAGUUUUGAUAACGACCAAACUUAAUUUGUACUGAUAAAUGACCGUUCUUCGAUUUUUUUAAUAGUUGACUUGUAUUUGUAUUUAUGUUUAUUCAAAUGAUUUAAUAAAAUAUUUAAUUUCCAUAUAA